GCCUGCGCCGCUAUGAAACAGCCUCGGCUGUUGGUCGGCCGCCCGUGCCUGCUGCUACAACGGUAAACGCCAUUGGCCGCUUGCUCCUCGCAGGCGCCGCUGCGUGCGGGAGAUGCCCCCCGGUAGCGCAAUGGCGGCCGGGCAGCCCCUCGGGCAGGGGGGGCCAUCAGCCGCCGGCGGCUCCCGCCUCACUGUGUUUCUCUUUCCCCCGCAGGUUGCUGAAAAGUGCCUUUCCUGAAGCCGCCGCUGCUUGGAUCGCUGCCCCGGGCUGCCGCCCUCUGCCCCGCGCCCCCCGCUCUGUGUAACCGGCGUCGCUUGCGCUGCGGGCCCCGACGGCAGCGCCUCCAGCCUCCCCGCGGGUUUCGGUUCUGCUCCACGUUCGCACGCGGCUCGCUCAGCCAUUUUAAUUCGGUUUGAGUUUGCUCCUGCCCCGAGUAUGUAGCAAAUAUCGAAAAGAAAGAGGAAAAAAAACACACAAAACAACCCGCAAAACGAAAGAAAUCCGACGUCCUUUUGCUCGUUUUGAUGCUCGCGAACCGUGAUUUUUAGAAGCAAGAAAUAGAAGGAAAAAAUACCCCCAGAAAACGAAGUUUUCUCCCCAAGGACCGAGACCAUUCCACAAACUGAAGUGCUGCCAACAGCAUAUGCUUUUUGCAAGAAUAAUUGAAACCAUUAACUGGAGAGCACAGAAUCCUUUUGAAAGUCUGCCAGUUCUUUGCAAGUAACUCCGGCAGUGGCACAAAAUCUAACACUUGUAUUUUAACUUCUACAAUUGCACUUUUAGGAGCUGGCCUCUCAUUUGAUUUUCAGUUUGUUCUGAUAAGAUUUCUAUUUUAUGAUUGGCUUUAUGUUUAAUUCUUGUUUCGAGAAACACGAUUUGACUUAAAUGAAAACCUAAGUGCUGAUGAAUAGGAGUUCUACCAAAGCAACAAGUUAGUUAUUUCUUCGCGUUUAACUUGAAUUCACUUUUUUACCCUUUUUUUAAACAAACAAGAAGAAACUCAAGCGGCUCAGCAGUACCUGGUGCCCCCGAGGAAGGGUGCCCUCGCUUGAUUGGUCACUUCUGGUUUUUACUAUGGCUGUAAACGUUUCCCUGGUGCGGGAUACGAAGUGGCUGACGUUAGAAGUGUGUCGGGAGUUUCAGAGAGGAACUUGUUCUCGGUCCGAUGCAGAGUGCAAGUUCGCCCAUCCCUCACGGAGUUGCCAUGUGGAAAACGGUCGAGUUAUUGCCUGCUUUGACUCCCUAAAGGGCCGGUGUACCCGAGAGAACUGCAAAUAUCUCCAUCCUCCCCCCCACUUGAAAACGCAGCUCGAGAUAAACGGCCGCAACAACCUGAUCCAGCAGAAGACAGCCGCAGCCAUGUUCGCUCAGCAGAUGCAGUUCAUGCUUCCAGGUGCCCAGCUACAGCCCAUUACAACGUUUCCUGUGACUCCAUCGCUCGCAACAAGCCCCACGAUGGCUUUUAGUCCUUACCUGAGUCAUGUUUCUCCUGGGAUGGGAUUGGUUCCUGCAGAGCUGUUACCAAAUACUCCUGUCCUGGUUUCUGGAAAUCCUACUGUUACAGUACCAGGAGGCUCUGCUGGGCAGAAACUGAUGCGUACGGAUAAACUGGAGGUGUGUCGGGAGUUCCAGCGUGGGAAUUGCACGCGUGGUGAGAACGAUUGCCGCUACGCUCACCCCAUAGAUAUCGCAAUGAUAGACACAAAUGAGAACACUGUCACAGUCUGCAUGGAUUACAUCAAAGGUCGAUGCUCUAGGGAGAAAUGCAAGUACUUUCAUCCCCCUGCACACCUGCAAGCCAAAAUCAAGGCAGCUCAACACCAGGUGAACCAGACAGCUGCAGCUGCAAUGGCCCUGCCGCCUGGUGCACUUCAACCUUUACCAAAGAGGCCAGCACUUGAAAAAAACAAUGGUGCCACCACAGUCUUUAACCCAAGCGUUUUCCACUACCAACAGGCUCUAGCCAACAUGCAGUUGCAACAGCCUGCAUUCAUCCCUACAGUGCCCAUGAUGCACGGUGCUACGCCCACCACUGUGUCUGCAGCAACAACUCCUGCCACCAGCGUCCCCUUCGCUGCAACAGCUACCGCCAAUCAGAUAUCCCAGUUAUCAGUAGAUGAACUGAGUAGCAGCAUGUUUGUUUCACAGAUGUAGAAGUUCCCGAUAGAACACAGAUCAUGUUGAAAUUCUGAACAGUAAAAUUAUGGAGCACCAGGACUUCUUGGUGGGAAGCUGCGCAUGGCCUUUCUGUAUAUACCCCCUCUUCCCUCUCUCGUUCUCUACCACCUCUACAGUAAGCCUGUUGCAGCCUACAUGUUAACCAAAAACUGAGCAAUGGGAAUGUCAAAAAAAAAAAUGAAAAGACAAAAAAAAAAAAAAAAAGCACUAUAGAAACACUUAACAAACAGCGCUCUGAUAUACGAGAUAUACCAGUAGGAAAUUAUAAUAGACUUUUGUAACACAUAACUUUAACACACUUAAUCAUUUUCUGACUACCAUCCUGAGAAGUGCAGCUGCACAGCGGACUGUUGGUUUACUGUAUACUAUCGAUGGAUAAAUGUUUGUCUUGUUUUUAAAGUGUUAUCUUCCUGUUCUGUUUACAUCAUAGUCUAUUGAUUUGUUUGGAAGUGUACAUCAUUAUCAAGUAUACUCAGUACCAUCUUUUCAUUAUUGUUAUGUCUUAAGUUUUCAUAUUCUGUAGGUUUUAUGGGGUUUUGUUUGGUUGUUGUUUUUUUUUUUUACUAAAAAUGUUAUUGUGGGAAACAGGAAUUACGUGCUGGAAAAACACGACACAGGAAUGUUCUGCCCUUUGCUGGAGUUUGCUGUUAGUGUCAGCUAAAGAUGCUCAUGUUAAAUGCUCCUUCUAAGCAUUUAAAAUUUGCCUUCAGACAGAGUGUCCGAACUUGUAGUACAAGGGAUGCGAAAGGACAGUUGUCUUUUAGUCCAGCUCAGGGUAUUUCUUCCAAUACAAUGAGCUGAUUGUGGAAACCCUUUGGGGAAAGCCGCAUGUAAAAUCCCAGGGUCGGGAAUGAUUGGCUCAGCUGGUGGUAAGCAUCAAGGGAUUUCUGCAGUUCUGUUGUCCAUGGAAGUGCAUUCUCAGCUGCAAACUGCGCACAAUCUCUCACGGUGCAGUCAAAACAAAAGCAAAAGGUGUGAGGUGAGACAGCUUCAGUUGGGCAAAGACUCACAGUGUUGGAGAGGAGCUGGAGCGGGCCAUAGCCAUGACUUUGCCCAAGCUGUGUAAUGCCGUGCCCAGUGGCUUGUCUUCACUGAGCAUGCUGAAACAUUUCAGCCUGAAAGCUGAGCUGGCUCUCCUUGAGAUGCUGUCAGCGUUCUUUACUCACCAUUUUCCAUAAGUGGGUGAUUUUUUUUUCCCUGUGAUCUUUGGCCCUCUAAAGCAAACACAGCAGUGACAAGGCAGGAAAAAGCUCAGCAUAAGCUUCCUACCGUAGAUAAAUAUUCAUCUUAAUGGAGCUCCUGUAGGUCAGUGGAUUUAUUUUGGCACCUUCUACUUGAUCAAGAGCAAUGUUUGCCUCACAACAAGGGCUAGUUCUCAAUACCUCCUUGUCUGACACAUGAAUUAACUGAUUUCCAGCCCGUGCACCCUGGACAGCCCAGCCUGUUACGCUGUAUUGCUGAACAAUCUGGCUGCAGUAUGCAUUUUGGUUGAGGAUACAACCAAAUUCAUCCCUGUCAUAGCUCUACCAUAUCAUUGGCAUUAUGGAAGAGAUGGAUUUGCUGCUGUAAAUCCACAAACUCCAUAGGAGGAGAAAGAAAAUGGUGAUUGAAACCAAGCAAGAGGCCACCUCCCAGCUUCAGGGUGGCUGGCCAGCCCAAGCUCGUGGUGGUCCUGUGGGGUGCCAAAUUCUGUCAAACAGGUUCUCUUUUCUUUUCCAAGCUCCUUGGCCUUGGUUAGAGACUUACCUUGCCCCCUCUUCUCCAGUGUGAGCACAGAUAGUUUGCUAGAUGUGUGCCUCCAUGGAUCGCAAGUGAUGGAGGGGCAUGUAGGGCACAGCCAGUGUGUCCCAGAGCAGGCCCUGACCAUCUGCCCAUGGAAAGCCAUUCAUAGCAAGAAGUUUGAAGAGCCCAGCUCAAAAAGGCCUUCAUCAGGCUUUGAAGCAAACCCUGAGAGAGGGGAGAAAACUAUCCCCCCCCCCCCCAAGAUCUCCUUUAUGAACCCCACGUUUGGACAGUCACUUGUCCAUAGCUGUUCCCCUGCCAUCAGCAUCCCCAAGCAGCAGCGUUGUCUGAAAUCAGUGACUCCCCUUUGCGUUGGCGACCACAUCCCUGUUCUUUUCACCACUGAGUUUCUGUUUCCCAAAAACCGUAACAUUGUUAGUGGAAAAAAGUGGAUUUGAGUACUUCCUGUUUGAAAUUAUUUGUGUAUCAAACAAAUGGGUUUUGCACAACCUGUGCCAGUGCCUCAACAAAGAACAGAACUGAUCUUCUUAAGCCAGAAAGGAUGCAUUCAAGCUUGUAUGGCUUUAUUGAGUUCAAGGAGGUUGGAAUUUUUUCAGUGCUAAAAGGAUUUUUGUAUAUCUUGACACUUUGAUGUAACCUCCUCUUCUAUUUAUCGACUUCAACAUCUGGCAUAGAUGUGCAUAGAAUGUAAACCUAGAAUACAGCUGUUUCCCUGUCACACUUAAAGCACUGAAAAAAAAACAAGAAGAAGAGAAAGAAAAGUGUUUAAGGAUUAUUUUUUAUUAAAGAGGUCCAAUGAGGGAUGUUCAGGGUAGUUAUUAGGUGCCACAACAGUUUUUAUAUUGCUGGCAAAUUUAGAGUUAAUUUGUAAAUGAAUUUAAGGAAAGAAAAGCUUGAAGCACUAAACUUCACCAAAUUCAAAACAAUCUCGGCAACGAUGCCGCUUUGAGGUAGCACUAUUGAAGCUAGUUGUGCAAUGAACUUGCUCUAAUUUUCUUUGUUCAAGAAAGAAAAGAAAAAAAAAGCCAGUCGCCAGACUAUAAAUUUCCUAAAUAGACUAUUACAAAGUCACCGAGCUAGUUAGUGACUCUAAACAAAUGUCAUAAAAGCAUGAAUAUCAUCCUUUAUUUGACAAGAGAUGUAUGUAAGUUUGUUUAAAUCGAUAUAAUUUUAGUGACAUUUUUAUAAGCUUCCCACUUUCCAUGAACCUAUAUUUUUUAUUUAUCCAAAGUGAUUUCUCUUUGUCCAUUUCUCUCAGCCUUAUGCAAACAAUAUGCAAGAAAUGCUGAAACUUGGAUAAAACGGGUCAUGCAGAGGGAAAAUGAAAGCUGAGAUGGAUCAUUUUCACGGGAAAAGGUUGUUAGUAGUUUCAAUACAAAGUACUACUACUAAACUGUAACAUAAGCAGACAAUAAAAGAGGGAUUUAAAAUAAAAUGGAUUCAUAAAACUAUUAAGAUUAUUUUUGUUAAAUACAGUGCUUUUAGUAAUUUGGAACAUGGUUUCACAAUCAGCCCUGGGGGGUGUUGUUGAGUUGGAGGUUUCGAGCUGAUGAUUUUUGGACUGUGUGUUUUUGCAUCGCAACGCUCUAGAAGCCGGGCCCCUUCCCCGAGCACUCCGCAGCACCGGGUCCUCCCUUGCCAGCCCAUCCUCGCCGUCUCCCACUGCGCUCGGAGUGUUCCCCAAUGGAAGCAGCCCAGAUGCCGGCGUUGGGGCCCUCCGGGAUGCCGAUGGCCGGCGCUGGAUGUGGGUAUGUGUCUGGUGGAUGCAGCUGGCCGGAGGAGGAGGAGGAGGCCGCGUGUGCCCGGUGAGAUGGCCUCUCCUCCCUGGGGUGGGAGAGCAGCUCUAGGGUCGUUGGGAAACUGGAGUCCUCCUUUGCUUUCUCCCUUGUACAUUUCACAGACAUGGAAAUUGAAAAAAGUGAAAUUUAUGAGGAAAAUGGAAUUUCCCAUUCCUGUUGAAUGGAUUUAGUUUGAUAUUGACCUGAUUUUACCAUGUGCCUGUUGAAGGCCUUAGAGUAUAUACUGUAUGUUAAAGACUGUAAUAACUUUAAAGAAAAAUAGUCAAUAGCCUAAUCCAAAUGUAAAUAGAGCUACACCACCUUGUUACUAGGCUACAAUGCAUUCAUUCCUUCCUCCAUGUCAUCUCUCUUCGUUUCUCUGCCAUUAGUUUUUAAGGUUUUUGUUAUUGCUCUUUUUUUUUUUUUAAUAUCUUUAGUAACUAAUGAAUUUAAUUUUGAAGGAGGGGUAGAGAAAGUUUUAAGCUUUUUAAGACAUGUAUUCAGCCCAUUUAGUUCUAUCCUAACCCCACACCGAAGCAUGGUAAGGUAUAGAAUACAGUCCAUAACUAGUUUGUAUAGUUUACAGUUUAAGAACAAAAUUAACUUUGUAUGUAACUCCUACAAUGAUAGAUUCAUUGUUAACUAAUUAUAUUAAGUUGUUGUUGCUAUGGCAACAAAACUACAACAUGGCUACCUUUGUAUACAUUAUUUGUGAGAUUUUCACAUGUAAAUGAGAAGUGAUGUGUAACAGUAUGAGCUUGUUCAAGGUACAGUUCGAUACUGUCAGAGAAAGAGAUGAUUGAGUAUUUUUAAAAUCCCAAAGUCCCAUGUGAACGCUGAAUCCGUGGCUCCGAGGGUCACUCUUUCAGCCCAGAAGUUUACAACACAUGGAUUUAGAGUCAGGUUUUAUAGCUUGUAGAAAUUGUUGUGUGGCAAGGGUUAUUCCACAGUAUUUUCACUUCCAAAACCACCACAAGCCUGGAUUUACCACGUAGGGACCGGUCUUUGCUUUCAUUUCAGCUCCAUUCACACGGUGGCAACUCCGAGUUAACCCGUCUCAGUACUGUAGCUCCGCCUGCAAUCUUCCUCUCUCCCGAAUCUGAGCACUCACACGAUGCGUUACGAUCAGGGCUAAAGAAUUAAGCAUAGAACUAUUUUAGUACUAAUUUAUACUGGCAAAAACUGUACAUAAGAGAACCAAAAUAUUGUGGAAUGACCCCGUAACAGUGUUGAAGAUACCAAUAUGCUGCAGUUAAACUGAUUCAGUUCGUGUACGAAUGUGUGAGACACACCUUUUUUGCACUUAUGUACAUAGUCCACGAAAGAAAUCCUUGGAACUUAUUUUGAAUAUAAAAAAGUCUGUAAUAAUACAGGAAAAGUUUGUAAAAGAGAUAGGUAUUACUAAGGCUUUGAAAAGGAGGAGUUUUUUGCUAUAAAACUUAUCUGAAAGCAUGAUGUUGCUUUGCUGUUGUAAAAGCUUUGUAGUUUGCCAUAGCUUAUUAUACAGCAGACUGCUACCAGGUCAGCUCCAACCUGCAGCACAGAGAAAUGGGGAACAGUGCUUAAUUAAAUAGUAAGGUCACUAGCAAAGAUUUGAAUUCCUCUUUCCAUCAGCCUGCAUUCCCAAACACACCCCAGGGCAUGCUUCUGAUGGGUUGUGAUGGGUGAAUCCUGCUAGGACUCGUAGGUCCGUGGUGGCACACAAGCCUUUUUCCUAGCGCCUAAUCCCGUUUCUAGUGGAAGUGUUUGUCUGUUAGAGGUGGCUGUCACUGCUGAGAGUGUUUUAAAUCCCAGAGGGAGUUGGAAAUGUCACAACUUACUCAUUUAUUUCUUUUUAUUUAACUUUAUGGGGCAAGGUCACAAAUCGAAGGGGCUGAUGAGCAGCGGAUGGACAGGGGUGGCUGUGGUUGGCCUUGGGCCACUUUCCUCUGCUGUCCAACAGCAGCGGUGCUUGUUAGGGAGCACGACGUGGCUCGGUGCUGCCAGAGGGCUGUCGGGGCAGGCAGGUGGAGGCUGAUGGUGGCAUCGUGGCCAGCUUCAUGCUUGGAGGUUGACAAAGCCCCGUUGUGUUGGCCGCCAAAGGAAAGCACAGCCGUGGUUCCCCAGCUCUGCUGAGCAGCCUCUUGGUUCCCUUUCCACUGUGUUGUGGUACUGCUGGGGCUCUGCAGUACCGGGGGAUUGUGGAGGAGCUGAAGUGCCUGUGUUGACCCAUUUCUUUUCAUUGGAAUAAGUAUGCUCCAGCAGGCUGGAGCAGCUCUGCUCUGGAGCCAGGCUGAGAGAUCUGGGCUGGGGCAGCCUGGAGAAGAGAAGGCUCCUGAAGGGGAGACCUUAGAGCAGCUCCAGUGCCUAAAGGGGCUGCAGGAAACCUGGAGAGGGGCUUGGGACAAGGGAUGUAGGGACAGGGCAAGGGGAAUGGCUUGAACCUGCCCGAGGAGACUGAGCUGAGCUCUUAGGCAGAAGCUCUUCCCUGUGAGGGUGCUGAGGCGCUGGCACAGGGUGCCCAGAGAAGCUGUGGCUGCCCCAUCCCUGGCAGUGCUCAAGGCCAGGUUGGACACAAGGGCUUGGGUUGGGGCUGGAUGAGCUUUAAGGUCCCUUCAGCCCCAACUGGUCUGGGCUUCUCCGACCUUUUCUGCCAAGCCCAAGCCUUGUUGCAGGGUUGGGGCUGAGGCGUCCCCACCAGGAGCUGCUCUUUGGCCACCACUGCCGGCAUCUCAGAGGUUCCAGCUCCUCACGAUGUCAGCCAGUGCCCAACCAGCCCGCGUGGCCCCAGGGGGCUGGUUAAGGUGGGGGCUGCUGAAUGGGAGCCGUAGCAUCGCACGGUCCCAGCGUCUUUAAGGUGGGAAAUCAGAUGUUGCUUUUCUUUAUGGGUGUUACAAUAACCCAGGCUUUAAUACAAAAUAACCAGCUAAUUCUAAUCUCCGUGCUCUCAAGGCCUCACUUUGCUGCAAUCUGUUUCCAUAACCAAGUUCUUUCCCUUUUCCAGGAUUGUGAGAGAAAAAUCCUUUGCACUAUGUGAAAUGAAUCGUAGGUGGUCAAACCUUUGCAUUGGGGAUGAGCAUGAUCAUGACAAAAACACCUCUAAAAUCUUUGCUAGUGAUCUUUACUGACAUCCUGUAUCAUCAGAAAUAACUCCAUUUGCCUCUCAAAUGAGCUAUUUCAACAUGCAAAAAUAACACAACUAUUAAAUAAAAGGAAGUUAUUUUUCCAAACACACAACAGAGAGAAUUACCUGACACCGAAUUACAAGGUUCCAGUUCUUUAUUACUGUACACAGAUGCUAUUUGAUAGUGGUGGAAGCCAAAUGAUUUUGUUGCCAUGGCUUUUGUAUCCUAGCAGAUGAGGGGAUGAUAAGACCAUUCAUAGAUUGGAUUCUGGGAUUUUGUUGUUUUCUUUCCAAUUAGCUUUGCUUUAAUUCUGUCCUCAUUUUAAACCAUUCCGAUGAGCCGAGACUCCCCACUCUUUAUUCUAUCACCUGACAACAGGUCACUGGUUCUUUUCUUCUAGAGAAUUGUGUUUUAGGCAAUCACUAAACUCAACGAGAGAAUGUUCUCCUAAAUUGUCCGGUUUGAAUCGCAAUAUAGAAAAGCAUUUAUACUGUGUAAAGUAGAUCUUGAAGUACCUUCUUUUCAUAGGCAUUUCUGGCAAAACCAAGUAAGGGAAACAUUAGAUAUCAAUUUAAUGGUAUAGGUUAGAGAAUAUAUACAAAUACUACCGUUAGCCCUGUGGAAUAGUCAGAAGUUCAAGUCUCCUCAGACCCAGGCGUAGGCUAAUGCAGUGUUCCAGUUCAUAACACCAUAGUUCAUUCCCUCAACUGCUACAACAGGGUGUACGCUUUGAGUUUCUUUUCCUUUCGGCCACGUUAUAUUGCUGUAGUGCUUGUACGUGCUUUAGAACUGUGCAUAAUGCUACUCAUUUUAGUAUGUUACUUCUCUAUUGUUAUUGGUUUAUUUUUGGAUCUUUUAAUAAAGUGUAUAAAAUCCUU